AUGGAAGAAGAGCUUCAACAAACCAAAGAUUUGGCCAAACUGGCCAUUGCAUCGAAUGAACCACCCCUUGAAACUAGAAGACCUCCUCCUCAUUUUCCAUCAUUAAGUUCUCCGUUACCCAACUACUUCCCGAUCCAUACCACAGGACCCAUCACUUCCACUCCUAAUCCUCAUACCAUUGACUUAACUGUAUCCAACGCUCCUUACGCCAGCACUUCCUACCAAACACCACCACCAAUACCAAAUCAGAACCAAGCACCUGGCACUAAUCACUCCCAAAACUUCACGCCAACCUACCAAAUCCCACCCUCAGUCUCCAAUAAUCCACGUGUUUUGCCUAGCCAGCCGACAUACCCUUCCGUAACAUUCCAAAUUCCACCAGCCUACACAAUCCCUGAACCAUGUCCUAGCUUUCCUGUUCAACCGGAGCUGGAUCACUAUGAAGAGAUGGAAAAGGAGUGGAGGCUCAGAGAAGAAAAGCGUGAACAAGAAAUGAAUGUCAUGAAGGAGGCCAUCUCUGAAGCAGUUAAAAGUGUCCAAACUUCAAGGAAAAUCACAGGACUUGAGUAUGAAGACCUUUGCAUGCACCCUAAUUUGGAAAUACCCGAAGGUUACAAAAUUCCAAAAUUUGAAACCUUCAAUGGUAUUGGCAAUCCCAUGGCUCACCUGCGAGCUUACUGUGACAAACUUGUGGGUAUUGGGAAAAAUGAUGCAUUAAUUAUGAGGUUGUUUAGUCGAAGCCUGAGUGGGGAGGCGUUAGAAUGGUUCACAUCUCAAGAACUCCGUCAGUGGUCUACAUGGGGGGCUUUAGCAAAAGAUUUUUUGGAAAGAUUCAUGUUUAAUGCCGAAGCAGUCCCUGAUAGAUACUAUUUGGAAAAAAUCAAGCAAAAGACCACGGAGGACUAUCGUGAAUAUGCGUGUCGUUGGAGAAAAGAAGCUGCAAAGGUACAACCUGUGAUGACUGAAAGCAAAAUAACCUCUGCUUUUAUUCGAACUCAAGAGCCCGAGUAUUAUGAAAGGAUGUUGCCCAUGAUGGGACAAAAGUUUUCGGAGCUGAUCAAAAUGGGAGAAGCCAUAGAGGAUGGACUCAAAUCUGGGAAGGUUACAAGUCUCACUGCUUUGCAGGCCGCCAACAAAUCCUCACCAUCCAUGGCCGCAGGAUUUGCUAGGAAAAAGAAAGAGGAUGUCUCCGUUGUAUCUUUUAGCCCAAGGUCAAGGCCACAAAGGUAUUUUGGGUCUGGUUCUGCCAUUGGAAACACCAACCGAUUCUCCACCGUUAAUAAUUACCAACCACCUCCACAAAAUCCACUUCCAAUCUACUAUGCACAACAGAACUACCAACCAUCACCAUAG